AAGCUCUUGUUGUUUGUGACAUUAAAGAGUCUAACCCUCUAAGAAUUGACCAAUUGUUUUUCAUUAGAAAUAAAUGUACCUGCACAGAGACAAACCGCCCUCGACAGAAUGCACACAGCCGCUGGCACAUCGCACCAGACCCUGGCUGAUGUAUUGUACAUUAGUGAACAUCGACGGUGCUUACAGCACACAGACCGGAUAUCAGGAACAGCCCAGGACUGUGUAGUGACCAGCCUCCAGUGCCAGCUCCACGAGUUGGACUUCUUGUGCAGCCGAGGCUCCAGCCUCCUGAUUCUCCAUCUGAGCCCCAUCACCGCGCUGGAUGAACGUGUGGGGAGGCCCAGAGAUCCAGGCCGUGGGACAGCUCCCCCACAGCGAUGGAUACGGACUGUCUGAGUCAACACAGUUCUACGAUAUCCUGGCGGAUCAGGGGAGCAGUCCCCUACUGCAGGACUCAGACCUCCUACCCUUCACCAGCUAUGCCAACAUGCAGUACCCCGCAGGGGCGCCGGGGGAGUCCCCUCCGGCCUACUACCCGGGCCAGCACCCCUACUACCCCCAGUACGGCGGAGAGGAGUGGUACUCCCCGGCGGGGAUGUACGAGCUGAGGAAGGGCCCCCUGGAGGUCACCUUCGACCCCCACAUGGACCAGUCGGCGGCGGCCAUGCCCGCCGUAUGCAAGAAGAGCCGGCACCCCUCCCACAUGGGCAGGGUCAAGGGUCAGGAGCUGUGUGUGGUGUGCGGGGACAAGGCCUCGGGCUACCACUACAACGCCCUCACCUGUGAGGGCUGCAAAGGCUUCUUCAGAAGAAGCAUCACAAAGAAUGCUGUUUACAAAUGUAAGAGUGGAGGAGACUGUGAGAUGGACAUGUACAUGCGGAGGAAAUGCCAGGAAUGUCGACUGAGGAAAUGCAAGGAGAUGGGCAUGCUGGCUGAGUGUCUGUUGACUGAGAUCCAGUGUAAAUCAAAGAGGCUGAGGAAGAACACCAAGGCCUCACCUUUGGGAGAGUGCGCUGGACAGCAGGCCUAUUUACUUUUUUUUUUUUUUUUUUUUUUUUUUUUUUUUUUGGGGCCCGACCCCAGCGAGAACAAGCAGGUCACCUCCACCACCAUGCUGCACAAGAAGAAAGUUGAACUCACCAGAGAACAGCACACACUCUUGAAUUUUCUAGUCGAUUCGUACAACAAACAUCGAAUUCCUCAGGAUAUGGCCAAGAAAUUGCUACAAGAGCAGUUCAACGCAGAGGAAAACUUUCUUCUCUUGACAGAGAUGGCAACAAGUCAUGUCCAGGUUCUAGUAGAGUUUACAAAGAACAUUCCAGGCUUCCUGGGUCUGGACCACGAGGACCAGAUAGCGCUGCUGAAGGGAUCGGCCGUGGAGGCCAUGUUCCUGCGCUCGGCCCAGGUCUUCACUAGGAAGAUGCCCAGCGGACACUCAGAGCUGCUGGAGGACAGAAUACGCAAGAGUGGUAUAUCGGACGAGUUCAUCACGCCGAUGUUUAACUUCUACAACAGCAUCGGUCAGCUGCACAUGCUCCAGGAAGAGCAGGCCCUCCUAACCGCCAUCACCAUCCUGACUCCAGAGAGGCCCUACGUCAAGGACCAUCAGGCUGUGGAGCGGCUCCAGGACCCCAUGCUGGACGUGCUGAGGAGGAUCUGCGCCCUCCACCACCCCCACCAGCCGCAGCACUUCGCCCGCCUGCUGGGCCGGCUGACAGAGCUGCGGACGCUCAACCACCACCACGCCGAGAUGCUGACGUCAUGGCGGACCAGCGACCACAAGUUUACGCCGCUGCUGUGUGAGAUCUGGGACGUACAGUGACAGAGGACGGUCAGGGGAGCAAUGUGUGGUUGAGGAAUAUGAUAGGAAUAUCACCAAACUUACAGUGGACGGUUUCUGUUUCAACCAAUCUGUGGUUGGUUAUUCAGUGAUGGAAGCUCUCUCUCACUCUCACUCUCUCUUUCUCUCUCUCUCUCUCUCUCUCUCUCUCUCUCUCUC